AUGGCAGACGACUCAAACAAGUCCUUGGAGAAGGAAGCUCUCAAUAUCAGCGAAGACUAUUCUUCGGUUUCCGUUAACUUAAUUAACAUCGAAAAAGCUGAUGCCACUUUAAUCUUUCUCGAUGCCCAUGAGCAAGAGUUUGCCGGGGUUGAGUUAUCUGAUGAGGAACAUUCAGUCAUCACAAACAAGGUUCAUUGGUAUUUAUUGCCUUUGCUUAUUGCGGUUAACACCCUUUUGUUUAUGGACAAGGCGACCUUGUCCUAUGCUGCUAUUUUGGGGAUCUAUGAGUCGACCAACUUGACCGAUUCUCUUUAUGACGAUUUAAACUCGAUUUUCUAUACUGGCUACACUGUUGGCCAAUUAUUAAACUUUGUGUUACAGAAAUACAACUUGAGAAUAUUUUUGACCAUAAUUGUUUUUUUGUGGUCGGUGGUGGUGUUUCUUCAUGCUGCUGCUUUCAACUUUGGAGGAUUGGUAGUCCUCAGAUUGGUGUUGGGAAUACUUGAGAGUAUCGUGGUCCCAGCAUUGGAGGUGUCCUUAUUCCAAUUCUACACUCCUACCCAAAGGGCCACUAUCCAGCCUGUGUUCUGGAUUGGAUGUGUUGGUUUUCCAGUGGUGAUUGUCGGUUUUAUGGCCUAUGGAGUUCUUUAUGCUAAAGACACCAUUCCUCCCUGGAAGAUUUUUAUGAUCAUUAACGGGGGCAUCACCUUGGUUAUGAGUGUGAUCAUUUACAUCUUCUACCCUUCAGAUCCUUCACAGGCGAACUUUUUAACCGACAAGGAGAAGUUUUUCUUGAUUAAAAGAGUUCAAAAAGAAUCUAAGGCUUCUAUCACACAGCAUAAUAUUAAGAGGCAUCAAAUAAUAGAAUGUUUGCGUGACCCCAUCACUUGGUUGUUUGCCUUAUUCAGUUUUUUGAUCAUGUUGGCUAACAACUUGAACUACCAGCAAAAUCUUCUUUAUGUCUCAUUAGGAGUUUCUAAUCUUGGUUCUACGUUGGUAAGUGUGGCUGGCGGUGGAUUUGCGUCUGCCUUUGCUGUGUUUGGUGCUAUACUCACCCAUUAUUUUCCUAACAACUCCUUCUGGAUUUGUGUGGUAGGAUGCCUUCCUUCUAUUGCUGGCGGAAUCGCAAUGGUGACCAUCUCUUGGUCAAACAAGUUAGCACUAUUGGCGAUGUUAGUUCUUGCUGCUAAUACCUACUUCUUAGCAUAUAUUGUUGGUUUUGGAUGGUCUUCAUCUUCAUGCUCUGGUAACACCAAGAGAUACUUCCGUCAUUUUAUUUUCUGUGUGGCGUAUGGAAUUGCCAAUAUUAUCUCCCCUCAACUUUGGAAAGGUAAUCAGACCAAUAGAUACUAUGCUGCUUGGUCUGUACAAAUUGUUUUGGCAUGGUUUGGUACUCCAUUGGUUGCUGGGGUCAUUACAUUGAUUUUGAAAGCCAGAAACAAAGAAAGAUUGGCCUAUAUCGAGAGUCAUCCAGAAGCCUUAUUUGGUACCGUUGUCAAGAUUGACCCCGAGACAGGUAAGGAAGUCACUGAGAAGGUUGAUAUCGGAAGUUUGGAUUUGACUGAUUUAGAGAACAAGACCUUCAUUUACCCAUUAUAA